UGAAGCAGUGUGGUUUUAAGAGAAGUUAAGUUUUGAUAGGACUUCGCUCCCUCCGAAACCUGAUAAGUCACUUGAGUUGGCUCAUUUGCAUAACGUCAGAGUGUGAGGCAGACGAGGGCUGUGAAGGCUGUAUGGACAGUCGGCACAGCGAAGGAACAAAAUAACGAACAUUCACCCAGCGAAAAACAACCAAAGGAUUUACUAAGAGUGGGAUUGAACUUCUGUGAUUCCAGGAGGAUAGCCAAGAGGGGGGAAAAUGGCUGACACAGAGGAAGCGGCCGCCACAGAAAACGGCGGACCAGGCGAGAAGGAAGCGACGAAAACACCGUCCCCUAAACCAGACACAGAAGUCGCUCCCCCUAUAGUCAGUAUUAAAGGCGAGGGUAAAGAUGACAAGAAAGAAGAAGCCGACAAACCGGGGAGAAAAACACAGGUUCACCAGCGCAGGGGGGCGUCCAUGGGGAGACCUGCACCCUCACCUGGUGAGGGCCAUGCCAGAGUGUCCAGGGCAAAGAAAGGUGUCGGAGAACUCAGUGGGAAAGUGGCCGCGCUGAUGGCCCAGAAGAAGACAGUGGUUCUGUCAGGAGAGGCGAUGAAAGAUCUGGCCAAACAGGCCAAGGCAACCAAGGAUGAGAGGAGACUGCAGCUGGAUGCGAGACACCAGUACAUCUUCACGAAGCUGGCGGAUGCUCUACAGAUGGAGCCAGCACAAGUGGAGGACCAAGUCCUGGGGGAUGAGAGGUUUGACCUGAUCGAGCCCUUCUUCAGCCCCGAGGGACCGCGGGUCCUCAUGUUCUUCUACCAGGAGACACUGGUGCAACGGGAGUCGAACUUCUCCAGAACAGAUGCCGCCAGCAGCAUCCACGCAGCUCCUCCUCAGAAGAAACUGUUCCUCACCACAGGCAGCCUGGAGGGUCUGACAGGACUGGCUCUGUUCUUCACCAAGACCACCAUCAAACCUAUCUUGGUCAACAAUGUUGUACAGGAUGUGAACUUUGGGAUGAUGGAUGCCUCCAAGGGGGGAGUGCUGAAUGCCUUGGAGAGCAUGCUGUCUGCUGUGCUGGUCCCUGCACUCAGGGCACAGGAGAGUUGGGGAGACCUACCUCCUGCCAGUACCCAGGUACAGGAUUUCCUGGAGGUAGUGGACAAGUUUGUGGGGAGUCUGAGUGGGGCGCGGGACAACAUGGAGGGCAAAAUAGAGCUGGAGGAACCCGACCUUGGGUACAAUGUGUACGACCUUCGCCACCCAUCGGAGUUCAUGCAGGCUGCCACCAAUGCAGACCUGAUGGAGAAGGUAGAGAACCUGAUCGGGAUCUGGUCCAAGCAGAUUGAGCAGGUUCUGGCCGAGAGUGAGCAGAUGAGGAAGGAGGCUGACGACAUCGGGCCGGCCGCAGAGCUGGACCACUGGAAGAAACGCAUGGCCAAGUUCAACAGUCUGUUGGACCAGAUAAAGAGCCCCCACUGCAAGGCCGUAGUUGGAGUCCUGACGGCCGCCAAGUCCCGCAUGCUGAAACGCUGGAAGGAGUUGGACAGUCGCAUCACAGACGCAGCCAACGAGGCCAAGGACAACGUCAAGUACCUGUACACCCUGGACAAGUUCUUCGGGCCGCUCACCAAGAACACACCUACAGAGAUGGUUGAGCACAUCCCCAGCCUGAUGAACAACAUCCGGAUGAUCCACUCCAUCUCCCAGUACUACAACACCUCCGAGCGCAUGACCUCUCUCUUCGUCAAGGUCACCAACCAGAUGAUCACUACCUGUAAGGCUUACAUCACCCAGGGGGUCACCAAGGUCUGGGACCACGAGAGGGCCCCACUGUUGAAGAGGAUCUCUGAGUGCAUUGAGCUGAACCGUGCGUACCAGCGCGUCUUCCACAAGACCAAGGAGAAACUGAAGGAGAACCCGCACGAGAGACAGUUCGAGUUCAGUGAGAACUACAUCUUUGGGAAGUUCGACACGUUCUGCAAGCGGCUUGAGAAGGUAGCCGACAUGCUGAACACCAUGGAGAGUCUGUCAGGGCUGUCGGGGGUGAAGAUUGAAGGCAUGGAGGCGAUGGCUGUGCGCUAUCAGACUAUCGUUUCCAACACAAAAAAGAAGCAGUACGAUGUGCUCGACCACAGAAAGUCUGAGUUUGACAAUGACUACAUGGAGUUCCGCAGCCAGAUUGAUGGGUUACAGAUGUCCCUGCAGAACUUUGUGGACCAGUGGUUCGAGAGGAACCUCACCACUGAGAAGGCCUUGGAGCUCCUGGAGAAGUUCGAGAAGAUCCGCGGUGCCAAGCUCGACCUUGAGGAGAAGUACAUGCGCGUCCUUGGCUGGUUCGGCCGCGACCUUGAGAACAUCCGUAAGGCGUACCAGAAGUUCAAAGACAACCCCUCUAUCCCGCGGAACCUGCCGCCGGUGGCGGGUAAGAUCGCCUGGGCACGGCAGCUGUACAGGAAGAUCGAGACUCCCAUGCAGUACUUCAAGAAGAAGCCUGACAUCAUGAGGACUGCUGAAGCCAAGAAGGCCAUCCGCAGCUACAACAAGAUGGCAACUGUGCUCCUGGAGUUUGAGAUGCUGUAUCACCGUGCGUGGUGCCGCGCUGUGGAAACCAUCAAGACUGGCAUGAACGCAUCACUGGUGGUCAGGCAUCCGGAGACAAAGCAACUGUACGUGAACUUCGACCCUGCUGUGAUGGAGUUGAUGGUGGAAGCAAAGUACCUGAAGAAGAUGGGUCUGGAGGUUCCUGACAGUGCCUACACGCUCUGUCUCAAGAACGAUGAGAUCAAACAGAACCACAUCGCGCUGAAGGAGGUUCUGCAUGAGUUUGAGGGGAUUGUGGCUCGGAUCCCGAACGUGCUGCUGCCGCUGAUGCGCCCCUUCAUCAACCAUGUGGAGGAGGCAGUGCAGCCGGGCCUCACCAUGCUCACAUGGACCUCUGUCAACAUCGACACAUACAUUGGGAACAUCUACAAGGCCCUGAACAACCUGGAGCUCCUAACCAAGCAAGCUUCAGACGUACUGGAGUGUCGCAUCGAGAGCGUUCUCACCGAGAUGUCCUUUACUGCGCUCUGCGACCUUCCUGAAGACGAACCUGUCCAAGUGUCUCACUUCCUGGAGGUCACCGAGAAGACCUGCAACGAUGCCUCGACUUUCUUGGCCAAACAAAGUGCCCUUGUUGAGGAGGCAGUGUUUGAGCUGAUGGACCUGCUGAAGAAACACCUGAGGCCGUCUGAGCAGACCAACUUGGAGUUUCCUGUUCUGUUCCAGCGGGAGACUGAGUUCCGUUGCCUGCGCCCUGACGCCAAACACAAGACGCGCUGCCAGGAGUGUCAGCCCUGCUGCUACUUCAACCUGCUCACCUACUACAACCAGAGGAACACCGAGUCUCUCGUCAAGUGCACCCGUCUCUCCUUGGAGGCCAUCAAGCGCCGCCUGCAGACCACCAACAAGUACCAGGAAGAGAUGCGCAAGAAGGAGGCCCCCAAACACCCGCUCUUCAAGGCAGAGAUCAUCCUGGCCAUCCCCAAUGUUGUGAUGCGGCCCAGCCUGGACGACAUCCAGUCCAUCCUGAACAAGGCUGUUCAGCACAUCCUGAGCAUGGCGAAAGUCGUGCCGCAGUGGGCGCACACCCAGUGGCUUCUUAAGCAGCAUCAGAGGGAAUCGGAGGCGGCCCAGGAGAUCGGUGAGGAUGCUAAGCUGAUGCCGGCCUCCUACACCAAGACCCUGGACAAGGUCAUCACCGAGCACAAGGACAUCACCAAGGUCGUGGUGUCCUUGAACUCCAUCAUCGGAGGCUUCAAGGUGGACUGCCAGGCCAUCCUGGAGGACUUCAACUGCUUCAAGGAGCUGUGGACAGAUGAGCCAGCUGACACUGUGAAGGAGUUUAUGGACUCGAACCCGAUCAUGUCGGAGUUCGAGGCCCAGCUGCGGUACUACCAGAAGAUGCAGACAGACAUCGAGGAACUGCCGGUGAGCUAUCGCGUCGGCUCCGUCGUCUUCAUGACGGAACCUCUGCAGACUGCACUCAUCUCAGAGUGUAAGAACUGGAAGCGAGCGUUCGGCAAGGCCCUGAACACCAAGGCCAGCAGCGACAUGGAGUUCAUCUUCAACUUCAUCGACGACCUCAGCAAGCGCCUCAGCAGGCCCAUCAAGGACCUUGACGACGUGCGUGCAGCCAUGGCGUCGCUGGCGGAGAUCCGAGAGAACGAGAUAAAGAUCGACAUGACAAUCGGGCCCAUCGAGGAGACGUACAUGCUUCUCAACAAGUUUGAGCUGUUCUUCGAGGAUGGGAAUGCCGAGAGGGUGGACAACCUGCGCUACAGCUGGAACAACCUCCUGCAACAGAUGAAGGAUGUUCAGAACCACCUGCUGCAGAUCCAGCCGACCUUCAAGGCCGACCUUCUGGCCGGCGUGGUCAAGUUCCAGGAGGACACGAGCUUCUUCUACGGAGACUACGACGGAAAGGGCCCGAAUGUCCAGGGCAUCCAACCCCGCGAGGCCAGCGACCGCCUUGUCGUCUUCCAGGCUCGGUUUGAUGAGCUGUGGGCCAAGUACAACACCUACUCAGGCGGGGAGGAGCUGUUCGGGCUCUCAGUGCAGGAAUAUCCAGACCUGCAGCGCAUACGGCGCGAACUUGCGCUGUCCCAGAAGCUGUACGGGCUCUACAACACGGUCAUCGAGAGUGUGAGCGGGUACUACGACAUCCUGUGGAGCGAAGUGGACAUUGAGAAGAUCAACGGAGAACUUCUCGACUUCCAGAACAAGUGUCGCAAGUUACCCAAGGGCCUAAAGGAGUGGCAGGCUUUUGAAGAUCUUAAGAAGAAGAUCGACGACUUCAGCGAGACGAUCCCGCUUCUUGAGAUGAUGUCGAACAACGCCAUGAUGCCACGCCACUGGGACCGCCUGUCCCAGAUCACAAACACCACCUUCGACGUCGACAACGAGAACUUCCAGCUCCGCAACAUCAUGGAGGCUCCUCUGCUGGAGAACAGGGAGGACAUCGAGGACACCUGCAUCGCAGCCAUCAAGGAGAGAGACAUUGAGGGCAAGCUGAAGCAGGUGAUCGCGGAGUGGAGCGCCCAAAGUCUGUCGUUCGGACAGUUCAAGUCGCGCGGCGAGCUCCUGCUGAAGGGUAACGAGACGUCUGAGAUCAUUGUGUUUCUGGAGGACAGCCUGAUGAUCCUGUCAUCGCUCAUGAGUAACAGGUACAACGCCCCGUUCAAGCCGACCAUCCAGCAGUGGGUGCAGAAGCUGUCCCAGACCAGUGAGAUCAUCGAGAACUGGCUGGUGGUGCAGAACCUCUGGGUCUACCUGGAGGCCGUGUUUGUGGGGGGCGACAUCGCCAAACAGCUGCCACAGGAAGCAAAACGGUUCAGCAACAUCGACAAGUCAUGGAUCAAGAUCAUGCAGCGCGCUCACGAGAACCCGAACGUGGUGGCGUGCUGCACGGGAGACGACACCAUGAGCCAGCUGCUGCCACAUCUGCUGGAGCAGCUCGAGCUGUGUCAGAAGUCACUCACUGGCUACCUUGAGAAGAAGCGUCUGAUUUUCCCGCGGUUCUUCUUCGUGUCUGACCCGGCCCUGCUGGAGAUCCUCGGCCAGGCCAGCGACUCCCACACCAUCCAGAGCCACCUCCUCAGCCUGUUUGACAACGUCUACAGGGUCGACUUCCACGAGAAGGAAUACGACAAGAUCCUCGCCAUCAACUCACAGGAAGGAGAGAAGGUUGAACUUGUCGAGCCUGUGGUCGCCCAAGGAAACGUUGAGUUGUGGCUGGGGAAGCUUCAGGAGGUCCAGCAGAAGUCCAUCCACAGUGUGACACGCAGCGCCUCUCUCGCCAUCGCAGACCAGGGCUUCAAGCUUGUUGAGUUUGAGAACAUGUUCCCUGCACAGAUUGGCCUGCUUGGUAUCCAAAUGCUCUGGACCAGAGACUCUGAGGAGGCUCUGUCAAAUGCAAGAACAGACAAGAAGGUUAUGCAAACGACCAACCAGAACUUCUUAGACAUGCUGAACAUGUUGAUUGACAUGACGACGGAGGACCUGUCCAAGUAUGAGCGCACCAAGUAUGAGACACUCAUCACCAUCCAUGUCCACCAGAGGGACAUCUUCGACGAUCUGGUCCGCAUGCACAUCAGGACCCCCUCAGACUUUGAGUGGCUGAAGCAGUCUCGGUUCUACUACAACGAGGACAUGGACAAAUGUGUGAUCUCUAUCACAGACGUCGACUUCCAGUACUGUAACGAGUAUGUCGGCUGCACGGAGCGUCUUGUCAUCACACCACUCACUGACAGAUGCUACAUCACCCUGGCCCAGGCCAUCGGCAUGAGCAUGGGCGGAGCGCCGGCCGGCCCUGCCGGUACAGGCAAGACUGAGACCACUAAGGACAUGGGACGCUGUCUGGGCAAGUACGUCGUCGUCUUCAACUGCUCCGAUCAGAUGGACUUCCGAGGACUGGGCAGAAUCUACAAAGGUCUGGCCCAGUCUGGCAGCUGGGGCUGUUUUGAUGAGUUCAACAGGAUCGAGCUGCCUGUGCUGUCCGUGGCAGCUCAGCAGAUCCAGAUCGUUCUGCAGUGUAAGAAGGAGCGCAAACCCACCUUCAUCUUCAUGGACGGAGACAUCGUGUCCAUGAACCCAGAGUUUGGGAUCUUCCUCACCAUGAACCCUGGUUACGCAGGGCGACAGGAGCUUCCAGAGAACCUGAAGAUCAACUUCCGCACGGUGGCCAUGAUGGUUCCGGAUCGGCAGAUCAUCAUCCGUGUGAAGCUGGCCUCCUGUGGGUUCCAGCAGAACAUCGUGCUGGCCAGGAAGUUCUUCAUCCUCUACAAACUGUGCGAGGAGCAGCUGUCCAAACAGGUCCACUACGACUUUGGUCUGCGUAACAUCCUGUCGUGCCUGCGGACCAUGGGUGGGGUGAAGCGUGGGAGCCCCAACGACACCGAGGCCACCAUCGUCAUGAGGGUGCUUAGGGACAUGAACCUCUCAAAGCUGGUUGAUGAAGACGAGCCCUUGUUCAUGAGUCUGAUUGAGGACUUGUUCCCAGGCAUCCAGCUGGACAAGGCCGGUUACCCCGAACUGGAGGCUGCCAUCGAGAAGGAGUGUGAAGAGUUUGGACUCCAGCACCACCCACCAUGGGUGCUGAAGCUGAUCCAGCUGUAUGAGACCCAGAGGGUUCGGCACGGCUUCAUGGCGCUUGGUCCGACCGGCGGCGGCAAGACCAAGUGCAUCCACCUGCUGAUGAAAGCCAUGACAGACAUUGGUGAGCCCCAUCGUGAGAUGCGUAUGAACCCCAAGGCCAUCACGGCCCCGCAGAUGUUCGGCACGCUCGACGUGGCCACCAACGACUGGACAGACGGAAUCUUCUCUACGCUGUGGCGGCGCACGCACAAGGUGAAGAAGGGAGAGCACGUGUGGCUGGUGCUCGACGGGCCGGUCGACACCCUCUGGAUCGAGAACCUCAACAGUGUGUUGGACGACAACAAGACCCUGACUCUGGCCAACGGUGACCGGAUCCCCAUGGCCAUGGACUGUAAGAUCGUGUUCGAGCCCGAUAACGUCGACAACGCUUCCCCCGCCACCGUGUCACGGAACGGCAUGGUGUUCAUGAGCUCUUCUGUACUGGACUGGGACCCCAUCAUCAAGGCCUGGCUGCGGAGGAGGCCUCCCCAACAGUCCGAGAUCCUGUGGAAUCUGGUGGAGUCCAUCUUCCCCGACCUCUACAUCUUCGUCAACCAGAGCCUCUGGCCUAAAAUGAAGACCCUGGAGUGUAACUACGUGAAGCAGCUGAUCGACCUUCUGGAGGGUCUUAUCCCCACCGGGGAGGACGGCACACCUAAGAACCUGCCCAAGGACCACCUGGCCAAGAUCUUCAUCUUCGCGCUGAUGUGGUCGCUGGGGGCACUGCUGGAGCUGGAGGACAGGGCAAAGAUGGAGGAGUUCAUCAGGAAGCACGAGGCAGACCUGUCCAUGCCACCUGUAGAGCCGGGCAGCCAGGACACCAUGUUUGAGUUCUACGUGGACGACAACGGACAGUGGAAACACUGGAACACGAGGGUGGAGUCGUACUUGUACCCGAAGGACAGUAUCCCAGACUACGCCUCCAUCCUGGUGCCCAACGUGGACAACGUCCGGACCGACUACCUCAUGGACGUUAUCAUGAAACAGGAGAAGGCAGUGCUGCUCAUUGGUGAACAGGGUACAGCCAAGACUGUGAUCAUCAAGGGCUACAUGGGUAAAUACGACCCAGAACAGCAUCUCACCAAGGCUCUCAACUUCUCCAGCGCCACACAGCCAACCACCUUCCAGCGCACCAUUGAGAGCUAUGUUGACAAGCGUGUGGGCACCACAUACGGCCCCCCUGCAGGUAAACACAUGACGGUGUUCGUGGACGACAUCAACAUGCCCAUCAUCAACGAAUGGGGAGACCAGAUCACCAAUGAGAUUGUGAGACAGCUGGUUGAGACGAAAGGGUUCUACAAUCUGGAGAAGCCAGGAGAGUUCACCAACAUCGUGGAUAUGCAGUUUGUGGCUGCCAUGAUCCAUCCAGGCGGUGGUCGUAACGACAUCCCUGCCCGUCUGAAGCGCCAGUUCACCAUCUACAACUGCACCCUGCCCUCCAAUGCCUCCAUGGACAAGAUCUUCACCACCAUUGCAGACGGCUACUUCGUCAAGGAGCGUGGCUUCAAACCGGAAGUGAAGGACUUGGCUGUGAGUCUGGUGCCGUGCACCCGGCGUCUGUGGCAGGCCACCAAGGUCAAGAUGCUGCCCACCCCCGCCAAGUUCCACUAUAUCUUCAACCUCAGGGAUCUGUCAAGGAUCUGGCAGGGCAUGCUGACGGUGACCUCUGAGAUCGACCCUAACAACGACCUGAUCAUGCGUCUGUGGAAGCAUGAGUGCACGCGUGUCAUCGCAGACAGGUUCACCAACCAUCCUGACAAGGAGUGGUUCGAAAAGAUGAUCUUCAAGGUUGCAGAGGAGGACAUGGGCACAGCUCUGGCUGAAAAUGUGAAGGAAGGAGACAGUGCUUACUUUGUGGACUUCCUGCGGGAUGCUCCAGAGGCUACAGGGGAUGAGCCCGAUGACGCAGACCUUGACGCUCCAAAGAUCUACGAGCCAGUCGAUACGCUGAAGUCUCUGUCUGACCGAGCGCUCAGCUUCCAGGAGCAGUACAACGAGACCAUCAGGGGAGGGAAGAUGGACCUCGUGUUCUUCGAGGAUGCGCUGAUCCACUUGCUGAAGAUUUCCCGCAUCAUCCGUACUCCCAUCGGUAACGCCAUGCUGGUGGGUGUGGGGGGCUCGGGCAAGCAGAGUCUGACUCGUCUGGCCAGCUACAUCGCAGGAUACAAGACCUUCCAGAUUGUGCUCUCCAGAACGUACAAUGCCAGUAACCUCCUGGAUGACCUGAAGGUCCUGUACAGGAUGUCAGGGUUGAAAGGUCAGGGUGUGACCUUCAUCUUCACUGACAACGAGAUCAAGGACGAGGGCUUCCUGGAGUACAUGAACAACCUGCUGGCUACAGGAGAGAUCUCCAACCUGUUUGCCCGUGAUGAGAUUGAUGAGAUCACCUCGGAGCUGAUCCCUGUGAUGAAGAAGGAGUUCCCUCGCCACCCUCCCACCAACGAGAACCUCUACAACUACUUCCUUAGCCGCGCCCGAAGCAACCUGCACGUCGUGCUCUGCUUCUCUCCAGUGGGGGAGAACUUCCGCAGCCGCGCGCUCAAGUUCCCGGCGCUGUUCUCUGGCUGUACGAUGGAUUGGUUCCUGCGCUGGCCCAAGGACGCGCUAAUCGCUGUUGCCGACUACUUCCUGGCUAACUUCCAGAUCCGCUGCACAGAGCAUGUGAAGAACAGCGUGGUCAACACCAUGGGGAAAAUCCAUGAUCUGGUUGCUGAGAAGUGUGUGGAGUACUUUGAGCGUUUCCGUCGCCAGAUGCACGUGACACCCAAGUCUUAUCUGUCCUUCCUGGCUGGCUACAGGACCAUCUACACUGAACACCUGAAUGAAGUGGGGAUUCUGGACCAGAGGAUGAAGACAGGUCUGGCCAAACUGGUGGAGGCUCAGGAGUCGGUCAAUGAGCUCUCCAAGGAGCUGGCAGUCAAGGAGAAGGACUUGGCUGUAGCCUCCAAGAAUGCUGACAAGGUGUUGGUUGAAGUGACAGCCAGUGCACAGGCAGCUGAGAAAGUGAAGGCCCAGGUGCAGAAGGUGAAAGACAAGGCCCAGGCCAUUGUGGAUGAGAUCGCUGCAGACAAGAGCAUCGCAGAGAGCAAACUAGCUGCUGCCAAACCAGCUCUGGAGGAGGCAGAGGCUGCCUUACAGACCAUCAAGCCAGCUGACAUUGCCACGGUGCGUAAGCUGGGCAAGCCUCCCCACCUGAUCAUGCGCAUCAUGGACUGCACCCUGCUGCUGUUCCAGCGCAAGAUCAACCCGGUCGUGCAGGAUCCUGAGAGGCCGUGCGCCGCGCCGUCAUGGUCCGAGGCUCUCAAGCUGAUGAACAACUCUGGCUUCCUGCAGUCUCUGCUCACAUUCCCUAAGGACACCAUCAAUGAGGAGACAGUGGAGCUGCUGACCCCGUACCUGGAGAUGGAGGAUUAUACCCUGGACAGUGCCAAGAAGGUGUGCGGCAACGUGGCAGGGUUGUGCGCCUGGACCAGGGCCAUGGCCUUCUUCUACACCAUCAACAAGGAGGUCUUACCUCUCAAGGCUAACUUAGCAGUACAGGAGGCCCGUUUGGGCAUUGCCAUGGGUGACCUGAACACUGCUCAGGCCCAGCUGGACGCCAAGCAGAAGGAACUGGAUAUCGUACAGGCGCAGUACGACGCAGCCAUGAAGACCAAACAGGACUUGCUGGACGAUGCUGAGGCUUGCCGUCGCAAGAUGAACAACGCAGAGGCCCUGAUCCACGGGCUGUCGGGUGAGAAAGUCCGCUGGACCGCGGCCAGCAAGUUGUUUGAGGAUCAGAUCCGCAGGCUGGUUGGGGACGUGCUCCUAGCCACGGGAUUCCUGUCGUACUCCGGACCCUUCAACCAGGUCUUCCGCGACGAGCUCAUGGUCUGCUGGAAGAAGGAGAUGGUCAUGUGCAAGAUUCCUUACACUGAGGACUUAAACCUGGUGACCAUGCUGGUUGACAAUGCCACCAUCGGAGACUGGAACCUCCAGGGCCUGCCCAACGACGAGCUGUCCUCUCAGAACGGCAUCAUCACCACGAAGGCUGCCCGCUUCCCGCUCAUGAUCGACCCUCAGAACCAGGGCAAGACCUGGAUCAAGAACAUGCAGAAGGACAACGAACUGCAGGUGACCAGCCUGAACCAUAAGUACUUCAGGACCCACCUGGAGGAUGCCCUGUCCUUGGGACGACCCCUCCUGAUUGAAGACGUGGGAGAAGAGUUGGACCCCGCCCUGGACAACGUCUUGGAGAAGAACUUCAUCAAAUCUGGCUCCACCUUCAAGGUGAAAGUGGGAGACAAGGAGGUUGAUGUGAUGACUGGGUUUAAGUUGUACAUCACCACCAAGCUGGCUAACCCUGCGUACACCCCCGAGGUUGCCGCCCGAACCAUGAUCAUCGACUUCACUGUGACCAUGAAGGGUCUGGAGGAUCAGCUACUGGGCAGAGUCAUCCUCACAGAGAAGGCGGAACUGGAAGCCGAGCGCACGACCCUCCUGGAAGAGGUCAACAACAACAAGAGGAAGAUGAAGGAGCUGGAGGACAACCUGCUGUACCGACUGACAUCAACAGAGGGCUCUCUUGUGGAGGAUGAGAGCCUGAUCGAGGUGCUGCGGGUUACCAAGACGACGGCUGAGGACGUCAGCGAGAAGCUGACCAUCGCCGCGGAAACGGAGAUCAAGAUCAACACUGCGAGAGAGGAGUUCCGGCCUGUUGCCUCCCGUGGCAGUGUGCUGUACUUCCUGAUUGUGGAGAUGAGUUUGGUGAAUGUGAUGUACCAGACUGCCCUGAAGCAGUUCCUCCACACCUUUGACAUCUCCAUGGCACGCUCCCAGAAGUCUCCCAUCCCCCAGAAACGUAUCGCCAACAUCAUUGAGUACCUCACCUUUGAGGUGUUUGCGUACACAGUGCGUGGCCUGUACGAGCAGGACAAGUUCCUGUACACCCUCCUGCUGGCCCUGAAACUGGACCUGCAGGCGAAGGCCAUCCGCCACGAGGAGUUCCAGACUUUCAUCAAAGGUGGUGCAGCCCUGGACCUGAACGCUGUGGAGCCAAAGCCGAAGAAGUGGAUUCUGGACAUGACCUGGCUUAACCUGGUCCAGCUCAGCAAGCUGCCGCAGUUCAGCCAGAUUGUCAACCAGGUUGCUCGUAAUGACAAGGGGUGGAAGACCUGGUUCGACUCUGACGCCCCCGAGGACGAGCCCAUCCCAGAUGGGUAUGACAGCUCCCUGGACAUCUUUGGGAAGACCCUGCUGGUUCGCUCCUGGUGCCCGGACCGUACCAUCCCACAGGCACGCAACUACAUCGGCGAGAGGAUCGGAGUCAGGUUUGCAGAGGGAGUGAUCCUAAACAUGGAGCAGAUGUGGGAAGAGAGCACCACCCGAGAGCCCAUGGUCUGCUUCCUGUCCAUGGGGUCUGAUCCCUCCGAGAACAUUGAACGGCUGGCCAAGAGCAAGGGGAUGCCCAUUAGAGCGAUCUCCAUGGGACAGGGACAGGAGGUCCAUGCGAGGCGCCUGGUUUCCCAGUUCAUGGCCGAGGGAGGCUGGGUGCUGCUGCAGAACUGCCAUCUGGGACUGGACUACAUGGAGGAACUGCUCGACGUGUUGAACACCACAGAGAACAUCAACGAGACGUACCGCACCUGGCUGACCACCGAGGUGCACAAGAAGUUCCCCAUCAACCUGCUGCAGCAGUCCAUCAAGUACACCAACGAGCCACCACAGGGCGUCAAGGCCGGGCUCAAGAGGACAUAUGCUGCCUUCAACCAGGAGUUCAUCGACAUCUCCAACAUGCCCCAGUGGAAGCCCAUGCUUUACGGCGUGGCGUUCCUCCACACCACAGUCCAGGAGCGGCGCAAGUUCGGCCCGCUCGGAUGGAACAUCCCGUACGAGUUCAACCAGGCCGACUUCAACGCCAGCGUGCAGUUCGUGCAGAACCAUCUGGAUGAGCUGGAUCUCAAGAAGGGUGUGUCAUGGAACACCGUACGUUACAUGCUAGGUGAGAUUCAGUACGGCGGCCGUGUCACUGACGACUUGGACAAGAUCCUGCUCAACACCUACUGCAGGGUCUGGUUUGGAGAUCACAUGUUCGGCCCCAACUUCGUCUUCUACAAGGGUUACCCCAUCCCUAAGUGUAAGAACAUCCAGGAGUACCGAGACUACAUCCAGAGCUUGCCGCUGAAGGACACGCCCGAGGUGUUCGGUCUGCAUCCCAACGCUGACAUCACCUACCAGACCAGCAUGGCCAACAGCACCCUGGGCACCAUAGUGAGCAUCCAGCCAAAGGAGAGCGCCGGGGGCGGCGGGGAAACACGUGAGAGCGUCGUGCAGAGGCUGGCCAAUGAGAUGCUGGAGAAACUGCCGCCAGACUACGUGCCUCAUGAGGUGAAAGAGCGUCUGCGUAAGAUGGGCCACCUGGCGCCGAUGAACAUCUUCCUGCGGCAGGAGAUCGACCGGAUGCAGCGGGUCAUCACGCUGGUCCGCACGACCCUGACCGACCUGAACCUCGCCAUCGAGGGAACCAUCAUCAUGAGUGAGAACCUCCGCGAUGCCCUGGACAACAUGUACGAUGCUCGGGUGCCAGCUGCCUGGAAGAAGGUGUCCUGGGAGUCGGCCACGCUGGGUUUCUGGUUCACGGAGCUCCUGGAGAGGAACACCCAGUUCUCCACGUGGGUGUUCGAGGGGCGACCCCUGCAGUUCUGGAUGACCGGGUUCUUCAACCCUCAGGGUUUCCUGACAGCCAUGCGACAGGAGAUCACACGAGCGCACGCCGCGAAGGGCUGGGCGCUGGACAUGGUCAUACUGCACAACGACGUCACCCGGAUGUUCAAGGAGGACGUCGUCGCACCUCCCCCGGCUGAAAUAGGCGGUGUGUAUGUGUACGGCCUGUUCUUGGACGGAGCUAGCUGGGACAGAAAGAACAUCAAGUUGAUUGAGCCCCAGCCCAAAGUGCUCUUCACCAACAUGCCCGUGGUUCACAUCUAUGCCAUCAAUAAUGCUGGACCCAAGGAUGAGACCAAGAAACAGCCUGCAGGAGUAGCCCUCUACGAAUGUCCCGUUUACAAGAAGCCACGCCGAACGGAUCUCACCUUUAUCUUGAGGCUGAAGCUGAGGACGACCAACUCUCCCGAACACUGGGUCCUCCGAGGAACCGCCUUGCUCUGUGACACAAAAUAGAGGUUUAGAAAGACCAUCCAGUACUACUCGUGCCCGGUGUAUAAGAAGCCCAAACGCACGGACCUGACUUUCAUCUUGCACAUUCUGCUGAAGACCGGCGUGAACCCCGAACACUGGGUCCUGAGGGGCUGCGCUCUCCUCUGCGACACGAAGUAGUCUUGAUG